AUGGCGGGCAUCCACCGUGGCAGGAUGGUGGAGCAGCUGAGUGGGGGACAGCUAGCUGCUGUCAUCGGGGCAAGGCUCAGCUCCAACUCUGAGACCUCGGCUGCUGAAAGCAGGUCAGGAUGGCUCACUGGUUGGCUUCCCACAUGGUGCCCUACGUCUACAUCACACCUUAAAGAAGCUGAAGAGAAAAUUUUAAAAUGUGUCCCCUGUAUAUAUAAGAAAGAAGCUGUUCGUGUAUCUAAUGGAAAUAAAAUAUGGACACUGAAGUUCUCUUACGAUGUUCCAAAUAAGACUCCACUUGUCCUUCUCCAUGGUUUUGGAGGAGGUCUUGGACUCUGGGCACUGAACUAUGAAGAUCUUUGUACCGAUAGACCCGUCUAUGCUUUUGACCUGUUGGGCUUUGGACGAAGUAGUAGACCCAUGUUUGAUAAUGAUGCAGAAGAAGUGGAGAAUCAGUUUGUGGAAUCCAUUGAAGAGUGGAGAUGUGCCCUAGGACUGGACAAAAUGAUCUUGCUUGGACACAACCUGGGUGGGUUCUUGGCUGCUGCUUACUCACUGAAAUACCCGAAAAGGGUAAAUCAUCUCAUUUUAGUGGAGCCUUGGGGUUUCCCUGAGCGACCGGACCUUGCUGAUCAAGACAGACCAAUUCCAGUCUGGAUCAGAGCCCUGGGAGCAGUAUUGACUCCCUUUAACCCUUUAGCUGGCCUCAGGAUUGCAGGACCCUUUGGUUUAAGUCUAGUACAGCGUUUAAGGCCUGAUUUUAAACGGAAGUACUCUUCAAUGUUUGAAGAUGAGACUGUGACAGAAUACAUCUACCACUGUAAUGUCCAGACUCCAAGUGGUGAGACAGCAUUCAGAAAUAUGACUAUUCCUUAUGGAUGGGCAAAAAGGCCAAUGCUCCAGCGAAUCGGCAAAAUGGACCCUGACAUUCCAGUCUCGGUGAUCUACGGUGCGCGGUCCUGCAUAGACGGCAAUUCUGGCACCAGCAUCCAGUCCUUACGACCACAUUCAUACGUGAAGACAAUAGCCAUCCUUGGGGCAGGGCAUUAUGUGUAUGCAGAUCAACCUGACGAUUUCAACCACAAGGUGAAGGAGAUCUGUGACACUGUGGACUGAGCACCUGGGUGGUGGGGGAAGCCUGCUGACUGAUACAGCUCCUCAGCCACAGUCAGUCCACGGUGAAGAGUAAGGAACACAACAGAACUAGGCAGUCUUCUUGACUGCACUUUGCACCUGUUUUCUCUGUGAAGCUGCUUGCACACUUAAACCAGUUAGUGCCUUCUAGAAGAAUGCCUUUCUUUCUCCCUCACAAAGCCAAAAUAUACAAGAGCCUCCGAAUCUAAUAACUUUAAUAAAAGGUUGGUUGUCACUC